GUUUCAAAAAAAUAGAAAGAAAGAAAGAAAGAAAUUUGUAUGGCAGCAGGUAGCUUCUAGAUUCUCCUUAUGAGCCCAGGCCACAGAAAACAUCUGGAGGAGGUGAUGUGUAUUCGGCUCAUUGGCCUGGGAGAGUGUACUUGGAGAAUGGGAACUCAUCUGAGCCUCAGGGGGCAAUGGACUGCUAGAAACAUCUCAACAAUCUGCGUCUUAGGGGAAAGAGUAGAGAGUCCUGAACCCCACCACCUGGGGUGACAUGAGGAUGAGACAGGGGUUUGUUAAGGCCACAGGAGAUGUGAAGUUGAUGGGGCAGAGUGAUGAGGCUGUGAAGACCUAGUUCCUAAAAGUGAGAGCUGAGAAACUAGAUACCUGCUGGGGAGGGUAGUGGACAGAGCUGGGAGCCUGGACUUCUGAAUGCUUGUGGAGAUAAAUGAUGGGGGAUUGGAAGGUGAGAGCCUGAGGUCUUGUUUGGAGAGGGAGUUGAGGCAGACAGCCUCAGUAAAAGCUGGUGGGCAGUACAGAAGCUGGGGUCUGAACUCCUGGGUCCCUGAGGGGAUACAAGACUGGGACCAAGACAUUUAGGUCCCCAAGGGGGAGUGUGAACAUAAGUCAGAGAACUGCAUUGAGAAUCACAUUCCGGGUCCCCCAGAGGAAGCGAGUCAUGGCGCCUGAGUCCCUCAGGGAGCAGAUGCUGGGUGCCAGGAGGCUAAGUCUGUGUGUCUGCAGGGCACAGCGGCUGUUGAACGGGGUUCUAAGCAGAGCAAACGCUGGGGAACAGGAUUCCUAGGUUCUGACGGGGUGAGGGCUACCACCUGGGGCCAGCAGAGGUGUAGACACGGGCAGGCUUCCCGAACGGGGUGGGAGCUGCAUGCCCGGAUGCCAUGGUCCCCACGGCGACCAGAACAGUAAAAUUCAGAAGCCCUGGAUCCUCAGGGAGCAGCUGGAGUCCCAGGAACCCGGGGUGCCGAGGACGGGGCCACGAGCCUGGCCGGCAGAACCCAGAGGCUGGGGCGCCCGGGUCGGGGAGGGCCCGGGUAUUCCCGGGUCAAAGGCGCGGCGGGGGGGAUCCCCGCGCUGCCUGCGCCCCCUCCCUAGUGGCGGCGGCGGGAGGUGGGGGGAGGCGAGGCUGCCGAGCGCGCUGACCAUGGACAGCUCCAGAGCGGGCCUGUGUCCAGGGCGGCCGCCGAGCCUGCUUGGACCCUGGGACGCGGCCGGCUGUGCAAGCCCGAGGCUGGCGACGGGAGACGGAGUGUGCGAAGCGGGGACGAUGCGGACGCGCCUGGGGAGUCUGGCACCGCCGCGGCGGGUGUCUGGAGCUCCCAGGACAGGGAGACUGACAGACGGCGACGAGCGGCCAAUGGAAGAAAGCGUCGGCGCCGGCCGGCGACUAGACCCCGCCUCCACACCGGCCGGGAGGGGUCGCGCGGGCGGAGAGCGAGAGGCGGGGCAAAAGAGGCCGCCCACUGGCUCCGGCUGCGUUUCAGGACUCUGGAGGAAGGGACUUGGCCUUCGCCCUCAGACGCUCUUAAGGGUAGGCGGCGUUGUCCUCAGUUCUGCCCCAGCACUCAGACCCAGACUGGGUCCCGGCCUCCGCCCUCCGCCCUUGGACUAGUCUCUUGGAAGCCGGCCUGUCUCUGCCUUCAGACCUAGGGAGAAGUCUUAACCUCUGUUCUCAGACUCUGGAAAAGGCUUCUCGAGGGCUUGGCCUGACCUCAGCUCCUCGCAUUCCCUCCACAUCUCAAGACACCAACCCAGGGAUGCAGGACAGACACACAGACACUCAGUGAGGGUCAAAUAUCUUUAAAUAAAGUGCCAGGGACAAUAAAUACUGUACAGGAAGAGA